GUGGAGGGGGCGCUGGGGCUGGGCCUGCCUCAGGGCUUCUCGGCACCGGGAGUCCCACAGAGCCCUUCAGACAGCGGGCCCAGCCCUCUGGCCUCCUGGGGUCCCGCCUGUGGCCUUUGGCAUCUCCACAGGACACUGGGGGACUGUUCUCAUGGGGACUCUGAGCUGCUUCACAAAGGGCCUGCUGCUCUCAGCCUGCAUCCUGGCCCUCUGGCCACCCCACGGCUCCCGGGCAGCCCUCCAUAUCCAGAAGAUUCCAGAACAGCCUCAAAAGAACCAGGACCUUCUGCUGUCCCUCCAGGGUGUCCCCGACAGCUUCCAGGACUUCACCUGGUACCGGGGGGCGGAGGCCCACGGGGGGACGAGGCUCUUCACCUACAUCCCUGGGCUGCAGCGGCCCCAGCGGGACGGCAGCGCCCUGGGACAGCGCGACGUCGUGGGCUUCCCCAACGGCUCCAUGCUGCUGCGUCGCGCCCAGCCGUCGGACAGCGGCACCUACCAGGUGGCCGUGGCCAUCAACCCCGCCUGGACCAUGAGGGCCAAGACCGAGGUCCGGGUGGCCGAGAAGCCUCAGAAGCUGCCGGCCACGUCCCCGCCCUUGGACGCCGGGCUCCUGGCUGCCACCAUCAUCGGCUGUCUCUCCACCGGGCUCCUGCUGGCCGGCAGCCUGGCCUUCCUCCUGGUGACCCGAGGCUGCAGGGGCCCCAGGUGCGUCCCUGCUCCCCGAGGGCAGGAGGGAGGGAGGACCGGGCGGCUCCUGGCUUCUCUCCACCCACCACCUAACGGGGCUCCCUCCCUGCACCCCAGGGCGACGGCCUCAGGGAAGCCGGAGCUGGGCCCCCACGCGGACACUGGUGACAACAAUGUGUACGAAGUGAUGCCCUCUCCAGUCCUCCUGGCGACCCCACUCAGUAACACGGGGCCCACGAGCGCAGCCUUGCCCCCGUCCCUGCCUCUACCCUUGAGGCCCGAGCCAGAGGCCCACCAGUACCAGGACCUGCUGCACCCCGACUCCUCCCCUUACUGCCAGCUCGUGCCCAAGUCCUGAGCGAGUGGAGGGGACAAGGACUCGGCCGCCCUCUGGGGUCCUUGCACAGGCGACGAGGCCUGGCAGGAUGGGCCCCCAGAACUGGACAGGAGGAGUCGGCCCCAGACCCAGCACCCACCCCAGGCCCCUGGGAGGACCAGGCAGGUCCCCACCUGCCAUCAACCUGCUCCGCCAACCACCGGCCCGGCCACCAGCCUGGGUGCCAGGCCCUCACAGGGUGGGGUGGUCAGGUGGCCUCAUGGGCACCACCAGAGGGCCCCCAACUGACCGCGGCCUCCAGCGACCCCUGGAGCCCCUCCCCCGCACCAGGCAGCUCCCACCCACAGGUCCCCCCAGGGGGACACCUGGCCCAAGUGACAGUCCCGGCGGGUUAACUCGGUGCUGGAGCCCCGCCCUGCUCAGGCAGCUGGAGCCCCCUCAAAAUUCUGCCUCCCCAAGCCUGCAGCCAGCUCCUGGCAUCGCCGCACAGUCUCACCCAGUCCCUCACCGAGUCUCACCCAGUCCCUCGGGCAGCAGCUUCCUGUUCUGCCCCACCCACCGCAGGUGCAGAGUGGCCUCAGCCUGUGGCCCCUUGACUUACUCAGCAGUAAAUGAGCCCUGGCUCAGUCGGCAGCCUCGGCCCCACAGGAAACUGAACAGACAGAAACUCCUGCCGGCUGGAGGCCACGGGGCAGGGGAGAGAGAAACACAAUAAAUAACUAAGUGCCAUGUGUCUCAUGGUGACGAG